AAAAGGUGGUCGGAGUUAAACCUGUCUGAUUUUUACUCUGAAGUCAGCCCUACAGAGGAAAGAAAACAUUUUUCCAAGGAGCCUGGAACCAAGGAGAGAUGCGCGGAACAAGCAUCGAUCCGCUUUGCCAAGGUGGUGGAAGUGUGAACCAGUUAGGAGGGACGUUUUUCAACGGGAGACCUCUUUCAGAAUCCAAAAGAAUGAGGAUGAUUGAAUUGGCCUCGGAAGGAGUCCGUCCAAGUGACAUUUCCAGGAUUCUCCAGGUGUCCAGCGGCUGCGUCAGUAAGAUCCUGUGCCGCUACAGGCGCACAGGGCUGAUGAAGCCCAAAUCCUUAGGAGGGAGCCGCCCUCGCCUUCUCACUCCAGCUGUGGUCUCCUCUAUCAUCCAGUGCAAAAGGGAAAAUCCAACUAUUUUUGCUUGGGAGAUACGAAGACGGCUUGGAAGAACAUGUAAAGGAGCCAAACUUCCGAGCGUGUCAUCCAUUAAUAGAAUUUUAAGAAAGAUCCACUUGGACCAUGGAAUGAUGUGCAUGGAAGUCAAUGCUCCAUUCAAGGCUGGACAGAAUUUCCUUUCUGUGGUCGAGGAGGUAAAUGAGCAGGUGAUGAGCUCUGAUGACCAGAAAUCUGAAGGUUCCCGGCACAGGAACCGCACCACGUUCACCCCGGAGCAGAGCAGAGCACUCGAGCGAGGUAAUCAACCCAUUCAUCAUCCUGUGACAGUUCAGUGUGUUUAUGCCAGAAAAUAUUUUUUCAUCUCUCUCAAACUAGAAUUCUCCAAAAGCCAGUACGCUGAUUUGUACACAAGAGAAAAACUGUCAGCUGAAAUUAAACUUCCCGAGGACACCAUCAAGGUUUGGUUUUCAAACAGACGGGCUAAAUGGAGGAGAGAGAGCAAAGACAGAAACAGAACAAAGACUACAGACCUGCAGCAGAAAAGAGGAUGUGUUCCUCUAAAUCCAGCCCUCACACACAGCCUCAUUUCGCAGGAAACUGGGAUAUUAAGAAUGAAUUAUCAAAACAGCACUUUGGCUUCCAGAGUCCACGGAAAACUACAACAUGGCUACUUCUCUAAAACAGAAGCUGUACCCCAGCAGAUGUUUGACAUGUUGCCACAGACCAUGGGCAGGACUCCGCUGCAUCUCGACAGACACGCCGUGACCCUCCCAGCAGUUCAAGAUAACAUAAACCCAAGGAACACCUUCCAUCUGACCUCUGAGAACAUCAGAGCCCUCUGCCCUGUCGCUCAGCAGUGGAACCAGCAGAGUUUGUCCUUUAUGUGGAGCCAGAUUUAA